GCGUGCUACUGCCUGCCAGUUCCGUGUCGGCCGCGAGUUUACCAGCCACGCACUGCCUGCACGCGCUAAAUCCGCCGACGGACUGCAAUGAUGUGACUAUUUCUGGUUUUCACAAACCCCCCUGUAAGACUCUAAUAGGAAGUCAGAAUUACGCGACGCGAAAGAAUUCAUAACGGGUCACUGUCUGAACAAAGAUGCUUUUAGAUUUGAGUUACAACUACCUCAAAACUAAGGCAAGAAUGAAAUCACUGUGGCAACCGCCUGUACAGUAGUACUGCAGACAGCUUGAGAUCUCCUGACCUCUGUGACCUUUUGAGUCGAGAUGGCAAACCAGCGAAAGCACCUGGUCCGAGAUUUCAACCGAUACAUCACCUGCUCGAUUUGCCGUGGAUACUUGAUCAAGCCCACUGCUGUCACAGAAUGCCUGCACACCUUUUGUAAGAGUUGUAUUGUUCAGCAUUUUGAGGAGAGCAAUGAGUGCCCGGAGUGUGGAAUACAGGUCCAUGAAACCAACCCUUUAGAGAUGCUGAGACUAGAUAAGACCUUAGAAGAGAUUAUCUUCAAGCUGGUGCCUGGACUAAGAGAGAAGGAGGAACAACAGGAAAGUGAAUUUUGGAGAAAAAAUAAGCUCAAAUCAAAUGGAGAAGAUGGUCCUAGGUCUAAGAAACCUCGACUGAGUGAUGAAGAGGAAGAUGAUGGAAAGGGUGGAGACUACCACAGAAGUGAUCCUCAGAUUGCCAUUUGUCUGGACUGUCUACGAAACAAUGGCCAGUCAGGAGAAAGCAUAGUAAAGGGUUUAAUGAAGAAAUUCAUCCGUUGCUCUACUCGUGUUACAGUGGGAACCAUUAAGAAGUUCCUCUGUGUAAAAUUGAAGUUGCCAAGCUCUUAUGAGCUUGAUGUUCUGUGUAAUGGUGAGAUCAUGGGCAAAGACCACACCCUGGAGUUCAUCUACCGCACUCGUUGGAGACUACAGGGAGAAAGUGUGAGUGCUUAUCCCAUGGUCCUUGAGUACCGUCCACGGAUCGACUUCGGUUAAAUGGCACUUUUAACAGCUUUCUGGAAAUUCCUCCAAUCUCCUGCAGACCGAUGUCAAGUAAUAGACAAAAAGCUAAUUAACUGAAUGAUUGUGCCUCUGUUAUAAGACAAUAAGAUGAAGCCCAACGGCUGACAGGACUGCUCUCUUCUUCCUCUGCACUGCUUCAGCCUUAUCCGUGUUUCCACCCUCCUCCUUGUUCCUGAUUGACAAUUGUGGCUCCGCCCACUGGCACAGAAUUAAGUCUGAUGAUUACGUCUCUCCAAAGCUUUCCCUGCAUGUUGUCUCUAUGACGACGCCUUAGCGUAGGGCAGCCUGUUGGGAUUAUGUGAUAGCAAUCUAGCACAGAAAGUAACCUCCCAAAUACAUCCCAAAAAAUGCACCCUGGCUAGGAAGGAGAGAAAAAUAAGGAAUUUUUAGGCUGAAGUUUAUACUUACUAGAAAAGGAUUUAAUUGAUUUUAAAUUGUUGUUUUAUUAGGCAUUUUAUCUGAGACUUUGCACUAGAGACGAAUCCAAAUGUCUCACUUUAUUGUUGCUAUUCUAUCUUUGUUUCAUUCUCUCUCUUCUUUUUCUACCUUGUUCUUACCACCCACAUUGUUCUUCAUACAUUCAGUAACACUUUUCAUGUCACCAUUAUCUCUCUUUCUCUCUCUUUCUUUCUCUAUUCCUCUCUCUGUCUCUCUCUCACACACACACACACACACACACACACACACACACACACACACACACACACACACACACACACACACACACACACACACACACACACACACACACAUGAACUCUGUCUUUCUCCAGCUUGUUUCAUCUUCCCUCACACACUAAUUUUUUUCCAAUGGUGUUUUGGCUCUGGUCUGAAGUAUUGAUGGAUCUCAUUCAGCUGGAAUUGAAUGAGAGGUCUAUAGAUGUCCCAAAAUAACUGCACUGAAAGGCACUCUGGGUAAGCAUUUCUCCCUCACACUAAUCUAAGGCCAAAUCUUACAUUACCCAAACUAGAUGUUUAUUUUAUUAGGAAUGGUAUUACAAUAACUGAUGCCAGAUAUGUUUAAACCAGUGGUUCACUGAGAAAUAUCAUUUUGUUAAAUGUUUUCUCAAUGAAAGCAAUGACUGAGGAGCACCAGCUGUACAGUAUCUUGCACAGAACAGCUUUUAAUCACAGUCUGGUAGCUGUAAACAUUCUGUUGUUUUCUGCUUAAUUAGAAAGUAUAUUUAAAUGCCAAUGCAAAGUUAUUCCUGUGAAAUCCUUAUCAGCUCACCAGACAUUUUGAAUUAUGAAUUAUGAAUGCAACACCCAGAAUGUCAAUAAUGUUACUUUUCCUGUGUAUUUUGAGUGGUUUUGCACUUAGGCAAUUGCAAAGUAAGGCUAUAGUUUUCAUGUGUCGAUGCAACCGUGUUUGGUGGAUCAGAAUUGCUGAGACUAAAACAUAUUUUCAUUGAUAAUACAAAGGGAAUAUAAAAUAAUUUGAUAUUUAAAAAUUUGAUAUAUAUUUGAAAUUAAACAAAUUUUGUAAAAUUGUACGUAUGUAAUUCAUGACACAGCUAUGCAGAGGAUGUGCCAGUGAUGUAAGUUAGGAAAAAAUGAUAUUUGAAGAGUUCAGAUGCAAAACUUUCUUAAAGGAUUAGUCAAUUUUCUUAAAAAAAAUUCAGAUAAUUUACUCACCACCAUGUCAUCCAAAAUGUUGAUCUUUGUUCACUCGGGAAGAAAUAGUUUUUUGAGGAAAACAUUCUAGGAUUUUUCUCAUUUUAAUGGACCCCAACACUUAACAGUUUUAAUGCAGAUUAAAAUUGCAGUUUCAAAGGACCCUAAACGAUCCCAAACAAGACAUAAGGGUCUUAUCUAGCUAAACGAUUGUCAUUUUUGGCAAGCAAAAUAAACAAUAAGCACUAUUAAACCACAAUUUCUCGUCUUCCUCCGGUCCGGUGACGCGCCAGUGCGAUCUCACGUAAUUGCGUAAUGACGUUGAAAGGUCACGUGUUACAUAUAUGAAACGCACAUUUGCAGACGAUUUUAAACAAUAAACAAAGAAAUUCAUUAGUAUCAUUGGACGUACAACAACCUCGGAAACGGUCCUCUUUCUCCAUACUUGUUAACACUGGAGCGUAGUUUCACAUACGUCAUCCGCGACCAGGCCCGGAGUGGGUAAUCGGGAGAAUUCCCGGUGGGCCGCUUCACUUUUGGGCUGGUCGAGUUUUUUUUUUUUACAUUUGUCACGUUAGUGAUUCUAUCUUGUCUUAAAUGACACUUCACACGUUUCGCAUUUACACUGCAGCGAAGUACCAUGUGAGGGAGUUUUCCCCUCCAAUAGAGUUGGUUCGGUCCAUAGCAUGUCUUUUCCAAAACUUUUCUCCGGUAGGCUGGGCCGGCCCUACCAAUAGGCGUCUGAGAGGAGGAGGUUGAAGAAAAAGCCACUGAAGGAGAAUGCUGCCAAAUGUGCCAAACUUACAGAUUUAUUUUCAAGAGCACAAACUAAAGUGGCAACAGGUAACUUAAAGAGAAAUAAGCCUAGUAAUGAUUAGCAUUAGCAACGUAAUUAUUCGGCUAAUACUGUUGUCAACCUAUUUACAAGCCAAAAAAAUUUUUGGUUAAAAUAUUAGCCUUUUGUGUAUACAUGCCGAUUCAUAGACUUUGCAAAUAUUAUGCAAGCAGCUUCUGAACAGUCCCUCGCUGAAAAUGAGGAGGCCAUGAGUAAACAAUAUGAAUUCAAGUUAUUUAACCCUCAGGUUGUGUUCAGAACCCUAUAACACCUUUUGUGUUCCCAGUAAAAAAUGACCAGCCUAAAAAAGUCAAAUUGUUUUCUUUUUUAAUUAGGACUUUUAUAUUUCUAUUUGCAUCUGAUUAAUCAUCGGCCUCAUAGCAUUAGCAAUGCUAAUAAUUGAUCAACCUUUCCUUGUGGAAUACACUCUAAAAAGGGCUGGGUUAUUUUUGACCCAUAAUGGGUAAAUAUUGGACAGAACACGCUGCUGGGUUAAAAUUGCCCAGUGCUGGGUUGUUUUAACCCAACUGUUGGGUUAUUAUAAUCCAUGGUUGCAUAACAACCCAACAUUGGGUAAUUUUUAACCCAGCAUGUGUUCUGUCCAGUAUUUACCCAUUAUGGGAAAAAAAAUAACCCAGAGUGUUUUAGAGUGUACAGGAAUAUUUUUGUAAACUUCUCAUCUUAAGUGAAAUAUUAUUUAACUUUUACCUUAUUUGUUGAACCAUGAUAUUAAUAAAAACUAUAGUAAGAACUGAACUGUUGCUUUAUUUAUUCAAUUUGAAAAAAAGUGCUUAUUUGGAAUAACACUAUAAGUGGGCCGGUCUUGGGCCUGAAACUCCCGGUCUGAAAAGUGGCCCCACUCCAGCCCUGUCCGCGACCUCUUGACGUGGUGAUGUAUUACGUGAGGUCGCGCUGGUGCGUCAUAGGACCGGAGGAAGACGAGAAGUUGUGGUUUAAAAGUGCAUAUUUAUUUUUCUUGCCAAAAAUGACAAUCGUUUUGCUAGAUAAGACCCUUAUGCCUCGUUUGGGAUCGUUUAGAGUCCUUUGACACUUCAAUUUUAAACUGCAUUAAAACUGUUAAGUGUUGGGGUCCAUUAAAAGAGAAAAAUCCUGGAAUGUUUUCCUCCGAAACAUAAUUUCUUCUCAACUGAACAAAGAAAGACAUCAACAUUUUGGAUGACAUGGUGGUGAGUAAAUUAUCUGUUUUUUUGUUUGUUUUUUUGUUUUUGAAAAUUGACUAAUCCUUUAAGUGCAUCUGCAUUUUAUCUAAUGAGCAUUUUUUAUCAAGCACUUAUGUUCAUUUUAAAUGGCAAUAAAAGUUAUUUAUCAGUAAUUUAAAUGCCUUAUUUUCACAAAUGUCACUUUAGUCUUUUUAUUGGUAUUUUACAUACUGUAUUAGACUAGUCUUUCGCUGCAAAAACAUCACUUCUUUGGACAAGACUAAAGAUGCAACUAGAAACACUGAUAAAAAUCUGAAUUCAUAAUGUUAAAAUUAAGAAAUUAUAACAAAAGUUUUUCAUUGACAUUUAAUAUGUGCUGAGAGCAGUUAAUAUUUUUCUCAUUUUUGAGGAAGGUGACAUUUAGCAGCUUUUGCAUCUGAGCUCUUCAUUGAACUGAAUAUAUUAAGCCCUGGUCAUGUUAUAAGAAGCACUUGUAAAGUAAUCAAUACAUUGUUUUAAGUAUUUAGUACUGGGUGUUCAUGACUUAAAGUUCUGAUAGUUUUUUAAUGGAUAGGAGGUAUUAGGCCAACUGUUGUAAGUUUGUUUACAUGAAAAAGUUAAUUGUUAAUAAUAUGUGCAGUAGCCAUUGAUAGGAAUAUUACAUUUAACUUAGAAAUAAUAACACCAAAUUGAAAGAGUUGCCAAACAGUUUUAUUAACUUUUUAAAAGGUUUUUUAAGAAUUGAUGUUAAUGACAUUGAGUGUUGAGAUUAUAUUCCACAAAAAUCAUAUUUGAUGUUACUCAAUUUAGUAGAUUUACCGGUUCAUUUGCUUUGGGUCAUCUCAGGGGGUAAUAACUGGUGAAAUCAGGGUUUGUUCAAUGUUCUCUGGAGUGAAGGCUGUCAUUAACAAUACGCUUUAUAAAUCACAAGUCAAUGUAGUGCAGUAGGUGUCGAUAUAGCAAUCAAACAGUGAGUUUAAAAUGAAUUUCUUCAAUGUAUUCAAUAGUGGAAAUAUAAGACGUUUCUACUAUCUCGUUCAAUCCAACACUUAAUGUCUGAUCAGGAUCUGUUUUACCAACAUAAUCUAUUGUGAUAGGUCUUAAAAAUCUUGCACUCUGUUCAAGCAGUGGAAUUCCUCAUGUUGUUUAGGACAAAGGUCGCUGGCUGCUCUCCAAAAUCCAAAUUCCUCCCCACUAAAAAAACAUGCAAAUCAACUAUAAAGUGUCUUUGAGCUCUGAUUAUAAAUACAAUGUAUUUUUGUAUGUUGAAGCACUUGUGUAUAUUUGAACCUAUAAUUAUCAAAUUUUAUGUCAAUGCUUGUUUUUUCCUAAUAGAUGAUGCUGCUUGGGCUAAUUUAUUUGUUUUUAUACUUCCCGUCGGCCUGCUACAUGUUCCCCUUGUAAAUUGUCUCAUUGUACAUGAAAAAGCUUCCUAAUGCUGUUCAUGGCCUAUAUGAUUAUUAUUUAAUUAAUGAACAAUAAAUAUGAAAAAA